GAUGACAAAUGAAUGCACAGGCUUCAGGGUGGCUUCGACAAUGAGGCUUUGAAGAAGACGGUGACUGGUACGCUCAGGCAUCAGACGACAGAAACGAUUACGAUGAUCCCUCCAGCGAAGAUGAACUGGAUAACCCUGAGAAUGUCCCCGAGGCCGUGGAAAAGCCGGUUUAUCAGAGAAGGUGGGAUGUAUUUGCUGAGAGGGAAGACGACGCAGGCAUCAGCCACUCCGAGGAUACAAGAUGGCGGAAUGUGUUCAUCUGCAUGCGUCUGAUGACUGCCAUCGUCUUCUUUGGAGCUGUCGGCGCCACAGCCAUAGUGUCGCGCCUGUCGCUGCUGGUCAUGACCUUCAACAUCCGCCCACAUGACUUUUUUGUCGACAAAAGUUCCGGGGAUCAUUACAAGAUAAAGGAAAAAAACCAACCCUUCAGCCUGGUGUGGGUGUGGGCCCUGAUUCUCGUCAUGGCGGCUCCCUACGUCUUCACUGCGGUGUCUUGUCUGUGGAAGAUCAUCUUCAAGAAAACUCAGCCACUGCGAUGUCAACCUCUGGUAGCUGCGUUGGUGGUGGAGACACUGCACUCCGUGGGUCUGUGUCUGCUCGUCUUCUACGUCCUGCCCAGCUUCGACCCGCUCAUCGGCUGCUUCCUGCUGCUCAACGUCGGCUUCUUCCCGGACUCAUCAAGAUGUUCCAGUCGUCACCAAAAGCACAAGACGACAGCCAGCAUGCUGAGGAAUCGAGCUUCGAAGAUGUCGACACCAAGUGUGACGCGGCGAGUGUCACCAAGAAAGUUCUGGACAUCGUGAUGGUGCUGCUGCAGGUGGGCACGAUGUUGGUGUGGAUGUGUCGCGCCCUCGUCGUCCUCAAGAACACCACGCUGACUGUCCUCAUCCCCGUGUCUCUCAUCCUCACCUCCCUCUCAUGGUGGGACAACUACA